GGCAGGUCCAUCCCCGCACGGAGCCGGUGCGGCAGCGGGAGGAGGGCAGCAGAGGAAGGCUCGGCUCACGGAAGGAGCCGCGGUCGGACACCAGGUGCCGCUGUUGGCCGCGAAGGCGCCCGGAGACACCGGAGGGCGGCAGCUCCUCCCCGAGCCUCAGUCACUGUGCUGUCAGCGGGAGGAAGGAUGCGGCGGACCGGCCCGGGCGGGGCGCAGAGAAAUUGGAGCGGCGUGCGGCUACUCUCAGGGAGACCCUAAGGUGGACGUUACGACAGUGGUGGAGAGCCGGUCAGGGCGAGAGAAGGGACCGGAGGCGACAGCGGCGGCGAUGCGGUGGGGAGCCGUGCUGCAGCUGCUGGUGCUGCAGGCGGCGUGGGCGCUGGCGGGCGGGCAGGUGCGCUACUCGGUGCCGGAGGAAGCCAAGGCCGGCACGGUGGUGGGCCGUCUGGCGCAGGACCUGGGCCUGGAGGCGGGCGAGGCGGAGGCGCGGCGGCUGCGGCUGGUGGCGCAGGGCCGGCGGGCGAGCGUGGAGGUGAGCGGGGCGAGCGGCGCGCUGCUGGUGAGCUCGCGGCUGGACCGCGAGGAGCUGUGCGGCAAGAGCGCGCCGUGCGCGCUGCGCCUGGAGGUGCUGCUGGAGCGGCCGCUGCGCGUCUUCCAUGUGCAGCUCGAGGUCACCGACAUCAACGACAAUGCCCCCGUCUUCCCCGCCGCCCGGGGGAUUCCCAUGCACCGCUUGGUGCUGACGGCGAGUGACGGGGGCCGGCCGUCUCUGACAGGCACCAUGGAGCUGGUGAUCUCGGUGCUGGAUGCGAACGACAACGCGCCCCAGUUUAACCAGUCGUUGUAUAAAGUGCAGCUGUCGGAAAAUGCUUCCGUCGGGACGCUCGUGGCGCGAAUGAAUGCAACGGAUGCGGAAGAGGGGACGGUCGUAGCGCGCAUGAAUGCUACGGAUCCGGACGAAGGAAGCAAUAAGGAGUUUUCUUACAGCAUCUUGAGUUCGAUUCCUAUCGGUAAGAAAGAACUAUUUACUAUUGACGCCAAGACGGGCGAAAUCAGACUGACGGGUACUUUGGACUUCGAAGACGUUCGUUUACACGAGCUGCAAAUAGAAGCGACAGAUAAAGGGACACCCCCACUGUCGGGUCACUGCAAGGUGGAUAAAGCCUUAGAAGGUUCAGAGCGUGGGACUCUGUUAAUCACGCUAAGUGCCAGCGAUCCUGACGAAGGUAUCAAUAGUGAUAUCACAUAUUUGUUUAGUAGGCGUGUUAGUACAAAUGUUAAGGACAUGUUCACUAUCGACGAAAACACAGGAGAAAUCAGACUUCAAGGCAAAUUAGACUAUGAAGAGAUAGAUAGUUACGAGAUCCCUGUAGAGGCAAGGGACAAAGGCUCCCCACCACUGUCGGGUCACUGCAGCGUGGAAUUGCAGGUGCUGGACGUGAACGACAACGCGCCCAACAGGGCAGAGGUGAAAAUGUCACAGGAAGACUCAGAGCAUGACACUCCUGGAAAAAAAGGAAUACCCAAGUGCAGCAGAGAGAGGAACGACAACGCGCCGUCGUUCGCGCAGGCCGUGUACACGGUGCUGGCGCGGGAGAACAACGCGGCGGGCGCGGAGCUGGCGCGGCUGUGGGCGCGGGACCCGGACGAGGCGGGCAACGGGCGCGUCAGCUACUCGCUGUGGGAGGGCGGCGCGGGCGGCGGCGGGGCCGCGCCUCCGAGCGGCUGGGGAGCGGCGUCGAGCUACGUGGCGCUGGACGCGGAGAGCGGGCGCCUGUGGGCGCUGCAGCCCUUGGACUACGAGCAGCUGCAGGUGCUGCAGUUCGAGGUGCGCGCGGUGGACGCGGGGGAGCCGCCGCUCUGCGGCAACGCCACGGUGCAGCUCUUCGUGCUGGACGAGAACGACAACGCGCCGGCGCUGCUGCCGCCCGCGGGCUCGGCGGCGGAGGCGGGCGCCGUGGCGGCCGAGGCAGCGGCGGGGGGAGGCCCUCGCCACAGGCUGCUCAUCGUCGUGCGCGACCACGGCGAGCCGGCGCGCUCGGCCACGGCCACGCUCAGCGUCUCGCUGCUCGAGCCCGCCGAGGCGGCGCUGGCCGCGGCCGCGGGAUCCUCGGCGGCGUCGGGCUCGCGCUCGGCGGCGCCCGUGGAGCUCGGCGCCGCUGCGGCCGCUGCGGCCACCAACGUGUGGCUGGUGGUGGCCAUCUGCGCCGUGUCCAGCCUCUUCCUGCUGGCGCUGGUGCUCUACGGGGCGUCGCGCUGGGCGCCGCGGGCGGCCGUGCUCUCGGCGCCCGGGCCCACGACGCUCGUGUGCGCCAGCGAAGUGGGCAGCUGGUCGUACUCGCAGCGCCACAGCCGCAGCCUGUGCGUGGCGGACGGCGCGCCCAAGAGCGACCUCAUGGUUUUCAGCCCCAACUUCCCUCCGCCGCCGCCCGGCGCCGCGCCCAAGGACACGCAGCCGGAGCCCUCCGCUCUCCUCGACACGGUCAGUGACACUGCCUUCCCUCGUUGUCUUCUCUGCUCUUUCUCAUCCUCCCCCUGGGUAGCUGCUGUUUGA